UGCUGUUGGUGAGAUGUGUCUGUUCUUGCUUGGGAGGGAACGAAUUACCGUUGUGAAAAAGUCCUCCUCGUGCUGUUAAAGUUUUCCGCGCGAAAGUCUUCGCGAAGCGCAGUGAGGAAGGAUCGCUUCUAUCAGUGCGUUGUUUACUGUCACAUUUUUCGGUCCAGCUCCAGUUUGUCCUCAUAGCUUGAACGGGACGCUAGUACGAAGUGAGAUUAUCAUCAUAAAUUCAUCAGGUGUGCUCCGGGAGGUUUAGUGAGUGACAAGUGGGAAAGCGCGGAUUUACAAUGGCAUACAAUCGGCUGCUGGCUGUCGUUCAAUCGUUACAAAUAUCAAAUAAUUGCAUUUGAUUGCAUAACUUGCAAAGUGCAUCGGAACCAUCAAUCAUUUUAUUUCGAAUAAACGAAUCGUGAAAAUUGUGGGGUCUUCCAUUGGCCGUUUUUGAGUGAGGUGAAUUAGUGUGCAUUGAUGCAAAAUAAUUGAACGUUAGUCCCAAUUGUGAUGCAAUGCAAUUAAGUUGUUACACCUUGGAUGUCGUCGAUAGCAAUCAACGACUUUGCUGUUCUUGAUUGACAUGAGAAAAGACCAGGGUAAGAUUUGUUUUCCUGGAAGCACAACUUUCCUAGUACAUAUGAAUGAAGAAAAGUUUUCGUAAGAGGUGUAAAAGUUUUGCGCGGGGCCAAGAAGCCAAGUGUUCGAACACCAACAAGUUGAUUAAAUUGUAGCACACUUGAAAACGCUGCAGCGAAGAAAAAAGAAAAACGCGUGGAAAACUGCUUCCCAACGGUACAAUAGGCUGCCACUUCGUUCAAUAGUGACCAUUCGAACACGGGGGAUAAGAUUGCCGGUGGCAAAGGCGAAUUCAUUGCGACAACUCACAUCAACGCACUGUGCAGAUGUUAUAAAUAGGCAAAGAAAAUAUCAUGGAUUCCGGCAGAUGACAAAAGCGCAAUUCUUUCGAUGAAUUGCAAUAUAGGAACUCAUCCAUCUUAUCAAUCGCAUGCUGGCUGAAACGGUGGGCCACUGUUAAGGCUAAUUCCAACAACACACACACAUACGUACUUCUCCCACCCAUAGGGCCACAUUAUGGAUGCUGAGAGCUAUGGCAACGAGGAUUAUAACGCUACCGAUUACGUCAAUCGUACGACGCCCAUCUAUUCGAUUAAUCCUGAUUUCAUCACACAAUGGAAGCUGAAGAAGAAACAGGAAAAGUUCUGUAAACAACUCUACAAAAGAUUAAAUCUAUUAAACUCUCCAGAAUGUCAAAACUUGCUCGGUAUCCCUGCCUACCAUCGGCUGUACGAGAAGGCUAGCAGUGGGUCGGUUGGUGGUCCCAGCGGAGGCAUCGGUGGAACGAACUUUGAUAAUCUGCACGAAUACAGCAACUGGUUCGCGAGUAAUAACUACAGCUUCCAGGAAUGGGCCAACGUUAGCGGGGGAGGUUUCAUGAAUGGCACAGCAGAUGGAAUCAUCUACAAUGGCACGUAUCUAGACGCAAGUGGGAACGGAAUCAGACCGGUACUGCCACCCUUCGAGCUGUGGCAAACGAUUCUGAUAGCGAUAUGUCUCGCGAUUUGCAUAAUACUCACCAUAGGAGGCAACAUUCUGGUGCUGCUGGCGUUUAUAGUUGACAGGAGCAUCCGGAAGCCGAGUAAUUAUUUCAUCGCCUCGCUUGCAGCCACCGAUAUGCUAAUAGGAACGGUAUCGAUGCCUUUCUACACCGUAUAUGUGCUCAUGGGCUACUGGGAUCUGGGCCCGCUGUUGUGCGAUUUAUGGCUAUCUGUCGAUUACACCGUUUGCUUGGUUUCACAAUACACCGUGCUGUUAAUUACGAUCGAUCGCUUCUGCUCGGUGAAGAACCCGGCCACAUACAGCAACUGGUGGACGAAGGACAAAGUCUCAUGGAUGUUGACGAUGACUUGGAUCAUCCCAGCCUUGCUGUUUUUCAUCUCAAUCUUCGGCUGGGAGCAUUUCAUUGGUUAUCGGGAUCUGCUGCCCGGCGAGUGCACUGUGCAAUUUUUGAAAGAUCCCAUUUUCAAUACCGCGCUCAUUAUUGGAUACUAUUGGACGACUUUGGUGGUAUUGUUUGUCCUAUAUGGCGGGAUAUAUAGGACCGCUUACGAUUUGGCUAAGAAGAGUGAAGCCAAUCAGCGAAGGAUGCAAUCGAUGGUUGCUUUAGGAAACGCCAUGACCGGCAUGGCUGGUCAAGCCGCCGGAAUAGGUAUGUCAAAAACCCAGAGUACUCUGCUAAGUCAAGAUAAAUUAUUGCCACUGCCAGCUGCUUCCGGUCCGAAUGCGUUGACUUCAAAUCAACUUCAAGUGGAGGAGGCAUCGUCGAGUAGAAAAAGUUCAGUUCCCAAGCAGAAGGAUGAAACGUAUGACGAUUCGGAUGACGAAAGCUCUACCAAUAUGAAGCAGCAACAGGAAGACGCGAGAAUGAUCUAUAAAAGGACUUCUUUGGCGGGUUUGUUGGUUGGGGCUUCGGCAACUGUUCUGUCAAAUAGAUACAACGGAGCGGUGAAAAGGACUGCAGUCUCUCCAAACAAUCCCAGCAUAGCGAAGAAAUUACAUAGUAAUCCAACGAAGAACGAAGAACUAACCAAAAUCAGUGAGUCGAGUAUAUUAGACGCGGAGAAUAGUGAUGCUAAAACACAUAUUUCUCCACUGAAACCGACUCCUGUUCAGUCUCCAAUCUCACCGGUAGACAUCGAACCACUGGUAGUGGCUAAAUCAGAACGGGUUCCGGAGAUCUCACACACUAUUCUAACACCUCCGUACGGAUUCCAAGAAAGUCCACUCGCAUCCGAGAGUCCACCGUCCAAAUCCGAUAGGCCUCAUAGCAUAGUCAGCCAGGGCGACUCCACUGUCACAUACGAUGCGGUGGUUGGUAUGGACGGUGCCGAUCUUCGAUUCAUGGACGAAAGUUCAGUCGUUGUUGCCUCGCCACAGUAUGAGAGUCCACCAUCUGCUUUUGCGGUCGUACAUCAACGCUCUCCGGCGCAGACUGCAAACCAAAGCAUAGCAAAUCCCUCACUUUUACAGAAAGCGCUAAUUCGGGCUACGGCUCAAUCACAACAGCCAGCACCAACUGUCCUGCUUCGCUCGGUCGACAUUGUACCCCUCUCACCAACGGGCCAAACAACCUUUACUCAACCAACACAAACGAUCAACAAAUUUAGUACAACAGUCACAGUAGCCUCCCAGAAUCCGGACAAACCGGUGACCACAUUGAAUUGCUCCUACCCAAAUAAUUCUACUAUAGAUCAGGCCUUACAGCAACACAAGCAGGUCGAUGACACGAGCCUUAAUUCAAAAUCGCAACUGAAUAAUCCCACGUCGGUUUCAAGCACUGUUUCGGAUCCCAAGCCUUCAACUCCGGCGGUUGCAGAAACACAGACAUCCAAGGCGGCCACAGAAACAGCCACUGUGGCCAUGCCAAACCCGAAUCCAUCAAAAGCACCAGAUAACUCCAUCCCUUGUGGGGUUCAUAUCACUAUUAACCCUUGCCUGGAGCGACAGACAUCCAGUAAGCGAGAUUUUCUACGAUCGAUCGGCAAAAGACUGAAAGGUAACAGAAAAGCCGGCCCUCUCAGAGAUAACCGACCACAGUCGAUUUCGGAGAAACGAGUUCGCAAAGCAUUCCGGACGAUUUCCUUCAUCUUGGGAGCGUUCGUUGCCUGCUGGACCCCGUACCAUGUGCUAGCUCUAGUGGUGGGCUUCUGCUCGAAGCCACCCUGUGUCAACGAGCAUCUGUUCAUGUUCUCCUAUUUUCUCUGCUACGCCAACAGCCCAAUCAAUCCAUUUUGUUAUGCUCUCGCCAACCGACAGUUCAAGAAGACCUUUAUGAGGAUUCUGCGGGGCGAUUUGCACAUGACUUAGACUUAGCGAUGGUUAGGGUAAACGGUAAACCAAUAUCAAUUUUAAAUGUAAUGAUAUAGACAAUAAUAAUGUUAAACAGUAAUAAUAAACUUUAUUCGGAUAAGAUAGUAGCAGCUAAACCAAACUACUUCGUUUCAAGCACUUAUUAAAAUGAAAAAAAAACAAUAUAUAUAAUAUGUGUAAAUAGCUUUUAGCAAAUUGAAGAAACAUGAAACGUUACAUUAAUAAACAAUUUGCUUCGAAUACAAGUGGUUCAGAUAUCAAUAUAAUUAGAAGGAGAGAGGCGAAAAUAAAAAGAAAACGUAUCGUGCGCCUCCAUUUUAUACGAGAUUAUUUUUAAAAACGGCACAAAGGUUCCCUUUUUGCUGCAGCUUAUAAAAUGUGUUGAAAUGAAGAAAAAACAAGCGAAGGUAGAAUAAAAAAAAACAAAAACAUCGUUCACUGUUUUGCUGUUAAUGAAAGACAAUUAAGUGUGAUUAGAAAACUUUUCCAGUAACGGUACUUAUUUCUCUGCUGAUACACAGAAAACCGUGCGAAGAGGCAAUUUAGAGCUGAGCAGUGUAACUGUAAUAGUUGAAUAACGGGAAGUGCGUUGUAAUUUAACUCGCAGGAUGAUGGAAAAUCGUCUCCAUCAAACAAUAAUACGUAUUGUCACGAACUUUUCCCGCCACAUUUUGUUUCUCAAUUACCGCUCUCGUCAUUUUGAUCAGCGCUGAGACAACCACAAACGCACCCACCUCCUCCGACUAACGACAACAGAAACAGAAAUCAUACCCGAAGCCAAACGGGCGGGAAAAGCUCUUCCAAACUAUGUAAUCGUAAAAUGUUAAAACAUAUUUCAUUUUUUUCUUCCAUGCCUCGCUUAAAUAAAAACCAAUUGCCGUGCGACGCCUUAGAAAAAAUAUAAAAUAAGUGUAAAUAAACAGAAAAAAGUAAUUCAUUUUCAAUUAUUGUCACCUAGCUGUACUGGACAGAAUGUACCCCAAGCUAAUCUUCCCCUUUAGUUGUGAUAUUACGAGCAAAAUGGUUAUAUCAGUUAAUAUCCCUAACUGACAAUGUCUUAUUUAGAUUUAGGCUAAUCGGUAUUUUUUAAAGAUAUGUUCGUUUCUUUUCGUGAAUACACUUUCCUACUUAACAACUUCUUUCAUGAUUAUCUUACAAACCGUCCGACCGAAGGAGAAGUUUUGCUUUAAGGAACACAAUAUUAGAAACCCUCAGGCGGAGUUCUUUUUUGAUAUGAGCCCCUAAAAAGAACUAAGCAUGAAAUGUUUCGUGUCUCGUGACUGUCAAACAACCAUACACCGAUGUCCUUUUUCCUGUUUGGUUCCUUCCCUCCCACCCAACGAGUCAUGACCACUCGUUAUUGUUCAAGGCUGUAUGCACCACUCUGAAAGUUUCCCUCUGUUUCAAAUCAUUAACUUGUCAGUUUGCGUUCGCUUCCGCAUAGCAACAAAAAACAAACUUGAAGCGAAGGAACGCGUGUUUACACAGCUUUUAUCAAGAACAAUUGUUCGUGUAAGAAUACCGUACAACAGUAUUAAAAACGCUCACUAGAAAACACAUGCAUAGGUAUGAAGUUUAUCGUUGCUUUAAAAUCAUCUCCUACCGGAUUUGAGCAAUAAACAUCUGUACCAUUCCCACGGAAACCGCAAUUCUCCGUCAUCAACCGGAAAAUCUGAUUUCCUUCCAAACUCCCUUUGAAAUCCGCACUGAAUCGAACCUUAGCUUAUAUUUAGAAAAUAACAAGCAUUAACAAAGCAAAAUGACAAUAUUUGAUUAUAUUAGUAGAAAAUGGAAUACCAUAUCCACCCAGCCGCAAAAAAUAACAACUUGAAAAGUCGAAACCGUAAAUCAACCUCUAUUUUUGAUGGAGGCGACAAAGGCAGGGAACGAAGAUAAAAAGGAUGAAACUUUCGGAAAUGUACGAAACAUAAUUAGCGAACUUUAGGUAGCUUUCGAUGUUCAUUCACCGGAAUUCGGAACAAGGAUCAGAAGCAACAACACCAAAGGUGUGGAUUUGCGCGUUUGUCCCACCAAUCGUCCUGUAUCACAAAAGUUAUCCAAUAUUGCGCUUGAAGGCACAUAAUGUUUUGGGUUAGCGACGAUUUUUGCAGCAUGGUUCGAGUAAAUGUGUGACCUAGUAGUGAUGCAUUUCCACGACAGAAAAAAAAUUACAGAAUGCUUCAAUGUAAGCUACACCAAGUUUCCGAUUCAUCAAACGACGGCGAGUAACAAACACACAAAACAAACUCAACGCUGGUGAAGGUCAUGAACCAAUAAAGCAAUGAUUGCUACCAAUAGAGAAAUUAAUUCGGAGCAAUUCCCUUUUUUGUGAGAAUAGGUAAAUAUUAUUCAAAGACACAAACUGGUAAAUGCGCUUAUAAAAUCCGCGAAGAAGACAAAACAUAUGCUGCGAGUUGUCCAGUAGAUGAUAAAUGAAAAUAGAUAUUAUAUCAUUACCGGUGGAUUAAACAAUAACAUUGUUGGAUACAUACAAACAGAACAUUAUAAUCAUACGGUCAAGUGGGAGAAAUAGAAAAUGGAAUAAAUGUGUCUGUCGAGCCCAAGGACACCGAUUCCGGAAAAGACUAUUAGUAAGUAGCAAAACAAACAAAAAAUAAACACAAUAUCGCUGAAGAAAUAAAGUAAUUCGAUUUGAAAAUGUUGUC